AUGUCAGCUAUCGCCGCUCACGCCGCCCGAUCCCCCCUUUCCGCCCUUGCCCGGCAAGCCUUCAAGGGCUUCCGUCAAUCAGCCAGGAUCGUCGAGGGCCCUACUGAAGCCCUCCCCUCAGCCGGCCCGUCUCAGCGCGGUGACUGGGGCCGCAUCGCACGAGCUCGUGUCGGUGUUGCUGCAGUAAUCCCAGCAUUUACGACACCGGAAGGCGUUUUUGGUUAG